AUACGCGAAUUUCUCGGGUACGGUUUCAAAAUAUUGCAGAGCUCUCUGAACGUCUGAAGCAACACGAUCGAAGAUCACCACCGGGAGGAAGAUGAGGAAGAGAUCCACGGCUACGAGGAAGUCGUGCGUUCAAUGUUGCUUCUCUGACGCCGCCGUCGUCCUCGAAGAAUCGCCGUACAGGAAAGAGCUACACACCUAUGCGGCCUCCAAAGUCACCGGUGCCGAUGAAAAAUUGCAAGACGAUAGACGAUCUGAAGGACUUCGCUUCCUCUGGACUGCAAUCCAUCAAGCACCAGCUCGAUUGCUCGCACUCGGAGAUCCUGAAGGAAAUUGAAUCCUCUCACUCUCGCGUUCUCAAGCGGAUAAAGAUUCAAACACAAGAUUGGCAGCAAAAAGCAGAUGAAGCAGAGAGGGAACAUAAGAAAAUGUCUGAGAGAAUCAACGAAGGUCGACAGGCAAUGAAGGACUCAUACAGUGAAUUCCUAGCUGAAGUGCAGACCAACUCAUCUCGCUUCUGCAAAACAUCCAUCCCCGAGCUUUUACAGUCUGCUGAGAAAGCCAUUGACACACUCAGAAGCCGCUACGGUAUCCCCCAAUCAACUUUUGCUUGCUAAGCUGACUGGAGUUGGAGAAUUGUGUUUUUAUUAUUGCUUUAUACUGUAAUUGCUAAAUGCUAUCCCAAACACCAUGUCCAUUACUGUAUUUCAUUGUAUGUGAAGGACUGGGUGGGUCUUAGUUUGACAAAACAAAUUGUUUGCUAAUCCCAUUGUGCAUGGAAAAGUAAAUGUGGCAACUUCAAAGAUUCAUUGAAGAGCUAUUUCUAUUUGAGAGUUUAUAGCUUAUACAUAAACUGAACUUGUAUGG